AUGUCGAAAGGACUUCGCGCAGCGUCCAAGUCAAUACCCGAAGGCCAGGUGAUAUCCGCCGCGCCACAUGACCUGCUUCCUAUUCACGAAUUUGCGCCAAACGAGAUUCCCCCCCUUAAAACGCGACCUACAGUGAGGAUUGGCGACAUCCUCUACUGGUUGGCCAAUACCAUUGUGUCGCGUCUUCCUGACCCAAAGCCAGGGAAGGAUAUCCCUACUCCCCCUUCCAGCCACACCCAAGUACACCCUUACUCUUCUAAACCAUUCCAGUCCCCCGACCUCCACCUCACGCGCGAGUUGCUUGACACUACCGUCACCAUCGAGGACGAGCUCAAAUCGUCCAUGGCCAAAUAUACAGUGAGGGUAAUCAGCGGAUACGAUGAGGGGGAAUUCACGACUAUGAUAGUGGGACCACUAGUUUGGACCUUUUUUGAAAUCUUCGAACUUGUAGCGGGGCUUUCCGAGGGGUGGCACGUUGCUCCCCCGCUGAGCAAGGAAGAUCUCAGCGGCAAUAAGCUAGAGCUGGACACUCUCCUACAGAAUAAAGACGGCGUGGUAACUGCCAUAGAGAUGAAGACCCCGCGAUCGUGCAACGACUCGAACAUCGAUUCCUUUCCCCUCGUUAAACCAGCUAGCAUGGAUAAGACAGCCAGGCAAAUUCACGACCAGGUCGGAAAACAAGGGAAAUACCUCAAAGGACUACACCCGGAGAAGGGCUAUGUCCUCCAUGGGUUGUCAGUCGCUCCAGCGCACUUGAUCCCUCUAGCUUCAAGCGGAAGCAGGUGUUUUGCGGUUGGAACAGACGUAGUAAGCGUCUCAGGGAGCUUCCCCGAGGUCGUACGAGAUGCGAAGAACUGGGUUGAAUACAUAGACAAACUCGCCGCCUUCACUCUGGCGAUCGUCUGUCAUCACGAUAGGAACACUGCCAAAGGGGUUGGCAGCCGUUUCCCGGAGCAGAAGAAGCAGAUCGACGAGCUUCAUAAGGCUGCCAGCAAGGCGCUUGAACUUACAUUUUUCGAGGCCUUGUUCAACGUUAUCUCGACUUGCCUCUGUUAUGUUCAGUUGACGCUCUCCCUCCCACUGCUGCUACUGGCUCAAAGGCUGCAGUGGUUCCGUCCAAUCAACAGCCUGAAGCCGAUGCGUUGUAAUAUGGUUUCACUCAAUUCAAGCUGGCUCUCCCUUGGCCUGAAACUGCCUGAUGCGUGCUCUGUCUAUGAAUCAUAUGAGAAUAUCGUUUAUGUACAUUCUCGCUGGGGUAUCAGAUUAGUUAUCAAAGUCUUUGGCGAGCAAUCGUCGUACGCGAAAGAGCUUCUGUGCUAUACUCGUUUGGAAAAGCAACAAGGGAAAGGAAUUCCCGUUCUCUACGCCACUGGCACCCUGAAUGCACGCCCAUGCCUUGUGCUGUCAUUCGAAGGCGAGAGACUCCGAACAGGUCCUACGGAAGAAGAGAAAGUCAGCCUCUACCCGGUAUUACAGGCCAUGCAUAACAUCGAUGUCCACCAUCACGACCUCCAUCGUCGAAAUGUCGUUCGAAACCAAAGCGGAAAGCUCACCCUUAUCGACUUUGGCCUCUCGGAACGGUGUACUAGGGAGGGCUGCGUCGAUGAGUGGUUACCAGAUGAAUGA